AUGGCUCGCCCACGAACAGCCGGGCGCUGGAACCCUUUCGCCUUCUAUCGCGUACCAGUAACGGUUUUCGUUACGCUUAUCUACGUCGCAUUGCUCGCUCCGCUCGUUGUCGUUCAAAAUAUCCUCCCCACGGUACCGGAGUCCGAACUCGAAGGCUUAGAUUUACAUGAAGCUUGGCAGGAUCUACAGCAUUUGACGAGUGGGUUUCAUCCUUACAAUUCGCGAAAGAACGAUGAGGUGCGGAGUUGGUUGCUAUCUCGCAUUGAGGACAUACUAUCGAAAGAUGCGAAACAGCAAGAUGGUGUCCAGACAUAUGUUUUUGACGAUAAUCAAUCGAAUUUGACGGUCGUGCAAUCUAAUCUCGGCGUAUAUUUCGAGGGUACGAAUAUAAUUGUGUACAUUCGUGGUCAGGAAGAUGAUAAGAGGGAAUGGUGGAAAGAGCCGGGCCUAAGUCCCUCGGGAAAAGGGGGUGUGCUCGUGAAUGCGCACUAUGAUAGCGUUUCGACAGGCUACGGAGCGACUGAUGACGGUGUCGGGGUCAUAUCAUGCUUGCAACUGAUCAAAUACUUCACUUCACCCGGGCAUGAACCUACCCGCGGACUCGUGCUACUGUUCAACAAUGGCGAAGAAGAUUUUUUAAACGGCGCACGUGUUUACAGCCAACAUCCCAUUUCGAAAUUGCCGCAUACAUUUUUGAACCUUGAAGGUGCUGGAGCUGGUGGACGAGCGACGCUGUUUCGCAGUUCGGAUACUGAAGUCACCAAGUUUUAUAAGCGGUCGCCUUAUCCCUUCGGUAGCGUCUUCUCAGAUGCGGGAUUCAAACUUGGCAUGAUUAGAAGCCAGACGGAUUAUAUCGUCCUUGAGGGAGAUAUGGGCUUGCGCGGUCUGGAUGUCGCUUUCAUGGAGCCUCGAGCCAGAUAUCAUACCAACCAGGAUGACGCCAAACACACUAGCCAGCAAGCGCUCUGGCAUAUGCUGUCCGCUGCAGUUGCAACGACUGAGGGUCUGGUCUCUGAUACGAGUCACAAUUUCGAAGGUCGUCCACAAGGCCCAGGAAAGUUGCCUAGUGGGACUGGCUCCGGAGCCGUAUGGUUUGAUUUAUUCGGCACUGCCUUCGCUGUGUUUGAGAUUCAUACGCUUUUCGCACUAUCUGUCACCCUUCUUAUUGUCGGUCCGUUGACGUUGCUCAUAACCAGUAUCAUCCUAGCCAACCAGGAUCGCAUGUACCUCUUCGGCAUUUCGGUCUCAGUUGACGAUGGCUUUGGAAGUGUACCCUUGCGCGGAUGGAGGGGCUUCUUUCGAUUCCCAUUUAUCUUCGGCACCACCACUGCAAGCGUUGUAGGCUUGGCUUACUUGAUGGCCAAGGUCAACCCAAUGAUUGCUCAUAGUAGCGAAUAUGCAGUUUGGAGCAUGAUGAUCUCAGCAUGGUUCUUUGUUGCGUGGUUCCUAUCUCGUAUAGCCAAUUUUGCUCGACCUUCGGCCUUGCACCGCAUCUAUGUCUUGACGUGGAUGUUUAUCUUGACCUGGGUAUUGCUGGUAAUUACUACAGCCUAUGAAAAUCGUGACGGUAUAGCAAGCGGCUAUUUCGUUAUUUUCUAUGCAUUUGGCACUUUCAUGGCCACGUGGAUCUCUUAUCUAGAACUCUUCUCGCUGCCUAAGAAAGGCGACUUCGCCAACAAAGUCAGUGGUCAGAUAUCGUCACGGCGCACGAGUCUGGGCGGUAGUCGUCUCUUGACGCCUAGUGGAGAAUCUGUGGGUCAGCACCAGGAGGAUGACGAACCUACAGAGUCGACAUCUCUUCUGCGUGGUCAACGGACAAGCUUUGCAAACUAUACCAGAUCUACAGAAGACGAUGGCGAUGGUGAUUUGCUGUCAACAGGAGUCAGCACUGAUGUAUCCGAUGCCCGGGAUCUCAACGUUUACGGAUACGAGCAGCCAUGGAGUGCCAACUUGCCCAAGUGGACAUGGAUUCUGCAAUUCUUGUUGAUAGCUCCAAUAAUCAUUAUACUUGUCGGACAACUAGGCCUACUCAUCACGAGUGCCAUCCACCAGACAAUGCAGGAUGGCAGUUCGGCUCUAGUGCCGUAUUUGAUGAUUGCCAUUCUUACUACAUUGAUCUUCAUGCCCACACUCCCCUUUAUUCAUCGAUACACAUAUCACAUUCCCACAUUUUUGUUUUUGAUAUUUAUCGCCACCCUGGUAUACAACCUAGUAGCAUUUCCGUUCUCUGGGAACAACCGAGUGAAGCUAUUCUUCCUUCAGGAAGUUGAUCUCGACACUGGCGCGAACCGCGUUGCCUUGACAGGUAUACAGCCCUUUGUCGGCGACGCCGUUGCAUCUAUACCCAGCACUCAUGGACAGAAUGUCUCAUGCGUUCCAAAGUUGGAUCGAACGGAGUGCUCCUGGGACAGCAAUCUCGAACCACACGUCAUCACGCAUCCGGGAUCUGGAAAGGAACAAAAUCCAUUGAACCAGUGGGUGAAGUAUAAAGCCGUACGACUUGAACCCGGGCGCCAAAACAGCAAUCGCGCACAGAUCAAGAUUAGUGGAUUGAAUACACGAGGCUGUCUUUUGCACUUUGAUAAACCCAUCACUCAAUUCCAGGUCGCCGGCUCUGCUAUUGACAGCCGCUUCCCGAGCAAUCCGUCGCUAGAAGAUGGGACGGAAGAUGGAGUGCAAGAAAUUCGUCUGUGGAGUCGUACCUGGGGAAAUCAGUGGGUGGUAGAAGUUGAAUGGGCCUCAGACGAGGACAUUCAAAACGAGAAAGAUACAUUGACUGGAAGGGCAACAUGCCUAUGGAGUGAUGCCAAUACUCAAGCCGCCAUUCCGGCGCUCGAUGAAAUUAUUCAAUAUAGCCCAGACUGGGUUGCGAUUACAAAGCUUGAUGCUGGGCUGGUCAAGGGGAGUCGAUCGUUUGAGGUUUAA